GGUCUGCUGUGAAGCUCUUGAGAACAAAAGAAAACAUGUCAGGUCGCGGGAAAGGCGGAAAAGGUCUUGGCAAAGGAGGCGCUAAGCGUCAUCGCAAAGUUCUUCGUGACAACAUCCAAGGUAUUACAAAGCCAGCGAUUCGUCGUUUGGCUCGCCGUGGAGGAGUCAAGCGUAUAUCUGGUCUGAUCUAUGAAGAGACCCGAGGAGUACUGAAAGUGUUUCUGGAGAACGUCAUCCGUGAUGCUGUCACCUACACCGAACACGCCAAAAGAAAGACUGUCACAGCUAUGGAUGUGGUGUAUGCUCUGAAGCGUCAGGGUCGCACUCUGUACGGCUUCGGCGGCUAAGUCUUUCUGUUUCACACAUCCGAUCUGUAAUUACCCAAAGGCUCUUUUAAGAGCCACCCAUAUUUUCUAUGAAAAGCAGCGAUUCCUCUUUUUUUUUUUUUUUUUUUUUUUUUGAUAUGCCGAGCUCAUUUACCAGUUUUCGCUGGUUUAUUUUCUGUUUUGCGCCGUGUGCUUGUAGCAAAUCAUGUCUACGUAGGAAAUCUAGCAGUUAAAUGCUUUAGAACUGCAGCCGCGAACCGCCGUCAAUGAAAGUCGCGGCAAUAAUCGCUCUGUAUCAAGAUUUGUUUUUGCGCUCUUCAGUUCACCUUAGUUGCCCAGUUUGUCCACUUCCAGUAUUUAUUUUAUUGAACUCAACUCUUGGUCUCAGUUUAGUCAGUGCAAAAUACAAAACAGUAUUUGACAUCUGGAAGAUAUGAGUGGAAUUCCCUAUAAGAAUAUUUUAUAUUUGGCACCCCUGGUCAAAUUGUGUUUUCUUAAAUCUAGUGCAAUAAAUGAAUUACUACAACUUCUGAGUUUACAAACUUGAACAUGACAUUUUUGCAAAUUUAAAAUCAAAAUUAGUAUUUAUUGGCCAAGUUAAACCAAUUGAGGAGGGGGGAUUUGAAUACAUUUUCUCAAUUUUGGAAUGAACUCCCCACAGAAGUCGGCACAACAGAAUCCCUUGCCAUAUUUUGCACAAACUGCAGAUCCACUGCUUAACGCUCUGCCUACUCCCACCCCGUCUGCCCUUAUUCAUUUGUUUUAAGAUUGUAACGGCUUACAUAAUUUUCAUAUUCUAGAUUGGCGUAAAUUUACGCGUAUGCAGCAUUUUCUUGAGGUCGCACUUAAUCACUGAUCUGCAAAUGUCACCAGUCAAUAUUUAAAUGUUUAAUCUUAAAAUACGAUCUGUUUAUUCCACCGGCCACAAUUUUACACAACCCUAUUUUUAAUUUGAUACUUAGGUGUAUUGCUCCCAAACCUCUGAUUUUUUUGGUUUAAAUAAGUCACUACGAAGUUCCCCAUAUUAAUUUGACUGACUCUUUUGUGUUAAAACUGAUCAGAAAAUGUAGUGGGAGCUGAAUGCAAUGCACUGGCUUGUGAUAGCACUACAAUACCAUUAACUAGUGUUCCAGUCACUAGAUGAGAAAACCUGUGACCGUUUUCUCCCCUGCUUGGCUGCUCACUGGGGGCAGCGGACAGAGAGCAAACGCGAAGUAAAAUGACAAUUGAUCAUAUCUACGUGUCAAGUGAAUCUGUAUGCAAGAACAUUUUAACAGAACUAAAACGUGGAAGGACAAUUGACAUCAAGCAUGGCAAUGCAAACCUUUGGGAAACACUGGACUUUUAAUAUAGAAGAUGCCUUACCUAAUGUAUUUAGGUUUUCUUGUUUAUGUAAUCGUUUGUAAUGACUUGUAUAAUUGAAAAACUUUAUAAAAAUAAAAAAACAGAGCAAACCUAA